AGUCAGUGACGCCAGUGGAACACGUGCGCCGGCGAUGGCUGGGCAGACGCUGUGCAGUGGUUAUCUGGCUGUAGGCGAGAGGAGCUAGGAACAGCCGCAGCUCUCCGUCGCUGACGGGCUGACCGAAGGAGUGCAUGUCUGUGUGUGUGAGUGUGUGUGAGUGUGAGUGCGUGAGUGUGUGUGUGUGUGUGUGUGUGUGUGUGUGUGUAUGAGAGUGAGGGAGCCUGGGACUGUGUGCAUGUAGAUGCUGCAUGAGCUGCAACCGCAGCCGCUCCUGCCGGUAGUGAAUAAUGCAGACAGGGGAACGGAGUUUGGAUAGCAUGCAGGGAGCCGGAUUAAUAAUGCAUCGCGCCGGUUACGAGCUCUGCAUUAGUUAGUUUUUCUUCUAACCUGUAGCUGCCUACUCUCUGCCUGCGCGGCUCCUUGACUCCUCACCUGCCUUUUUGCCUGCCUCACAGCCUUCUGACACAGCUGGCGGACUGUCUGACUUACUCACAAAAUGUCUCACUACCAUUUCAUCAAAUGUUGUUGUUUCCAGCUAUGUAAUGUCUUUCGUCAGAACAUGGAGAUAGACCAGUGUUUGCUGGAGUCUCUUCCCAUUGGCCAGCGCCAGCGGCUAGUCCGGAGGAUGCGCUGCGACCAAAUCCGGGCGUACUACGAGCGGGAGAAGAGCCUCCAGCGCCAGCAAGGCGGCAUAAAAGCCCGAGCUGCGUCCGCCCACCGCAGGAAGCCCCACGUCCGCUUCGGCCCCGCUGACGUUUUACAAGACGCCAUCAUUCGCCAUGAUGACAAAGAAGUGUUGCGUCUCCUGAAAGAGGGAGCCGAUCCAAACACUUCAAUUCCCUCGGGGGGAUCCUUGCUGCAUCUGUGCGCUCGCCACGACAAUGUGUUUGCAGCGGAGCUUCUGAUCGAGCGAGGCCUGAAUGUCAACCUGCAGGACGAGGACCAGUGGACGGCCCUGCAUGUAGCGUGCGUGUGUGACCAUGCGGACAUGCUGCUUCUUCUGCUGCUGGCUGGAGUGAAUAUUCUUCUUCAGGACAUCAACGGAAACAUUCCCCUGGACUACGCCCUCGAGGGAACUGAAACCAGCUACAUCCUCCGAAAGCACCUGGAAGAAAACGGUGUGGAUGUGUCCUCCAUGCACGCCAUGAAAACCCAGAGACCCAGCACCAUGCUGUCUGACGUUCGGCAGCUCGUCGCCACGGGGGGAAGCCUCAACCAGCCCAACGACGACGGGGUCACUCUGCUCCACAUCGCCUGUGCCAGCGGCUACAGAGAGGUGGUGUCGGCUCUGCUGACGAGCGGAGCGGACCCCCAUCCCGCCGACAACAACUUCUGGACACCUCUCCACCUGGCCGCUAAAUACGGACAGACGAGCAUUGUUAGCCGACUCCUGAGGCACGGAGCAAACCCGACUCUGUUGAACUGCAACCAAGACAAGCCCUCUGACGUUGCGGUGUCGGAGGCGAUAGCAGACAUGCUGCUGAGUGCGGAGGAGAGCUGGCUGCAGAGGCUGAAGGACCCCUCCACUCCUCUACCCUCCACUGACCAGCGCUACGAUGGAGGAUCACAUGACCUCAGCACGCCUGUCAAGCACCUAAACCCCCUGGGUGUCUCCAUCGCGAAGCGAGACAGCUUGCUGGAGAAGUGCGCCAUGUUCAGAGAGGUAGGCGGCGCGCUGAGCCGUCAGCCGUCUCAGGAUAAUGGCCUCGAUGGCCCCUUCAGCUCUGGAGCCAGCAAACUGGAGCAGGUCAAGCUGAUGCCUCCAGCGCCCAACGACGACCUGGCGUCCCUCAGCGAGCUGACCGACAGCAGCCUGCUCUACGAGAUGCAGAAACGCUUCGGCAAUGACCAAAUCUACACUUACAUUGGACACAUCCUUCUUCUGAUCAACCCAAACAAAGAGCUGCCCAUCUAUUCCACUUUGGUGAGUCAGUUGUACCUGAGCUCCACAGGCCGUCUGUGCUCUUCUCUGCCACCGCACAUCUUCUCCUCGGCGGAGAGAGCUUUCCACAUGAUGCAGCAGGAGAGACGCCCGCAGUGCUUCAUCCUGAGUGGGGAGAGUGGCUCUGGGAAAACCGAGGCGUGCAAACACAUUGUGAGACACCUGACGGCUCGAUCCUGCCCUAAAGGCUUUCUGCUGGAGCCCAGAAUGAAACAUGUGAAUUGUAUCCUGGAGGCUUUCGGUCAUGCAAAGACCCUGAAAAACAGCAACUCGAGCCGCUUCAUCAAGCUGCUGACCCUCCAGUACUGUGAAAAGAGGAGGACCCUGCUCAGAGCCCGUGUGCACACCUACAUGCUGGAGAAGUCCCGUCUGGUGCACCUGCAGCCUUCCCAGCACAGCUUCAGCAUCUUCUACCUGAUGGCUGAAGGCCUCUCACCUGAAGAGAAAAGCGCACUCUACCUGAACAAUGUCCUGGCUCACAGGUAUCUCAGUGGAGGACUUCCGGGGGAAAACGUUCCAGUUGCUGCAGCUUCGACCCAGAGCAAGGAACGCCUUGCUGCUGUUAAACAAGCUCUGAGAUCUCUGGGCUUCAAUAAGCAGGAGGUUGACUCUGUGUUCACGCUGCUCUCGGCCGUGCUCCAUCUCGGAGACGUGCGUUUCACUGCGCUGACCGACGCCGACACGGCCUUCCCCUCCGACCUGCAGCUGCUGGAGAGAGUCGCUGGAUUGCUGCAGGUGUCUCCCAGUGACUUGAGCACCGCCCUCACCUCCGACGUUCAGUACUUCAAAGGUGAUGUGAUAACUCGACGUCACACAGUAGAAGUGUCAGAACAGUCCAGAGACCAGCUCGCCAAAGCCAUCUACGGACGCCUGUUCAGCUAUCUGGUCAAUGGAAUCAACGACUACCUUCAGGGACCAGACGACAGCGCUGGUGAUCCUGCCUUGGAAAUUGGGAUCCUGGACAUAUUUGGCUUUGAAGAAUUUCAGAGGAACGGAUUCGAGCAGCUGUGCGUGAAUAUGACCAACGAGAGGCUGAGGCGGUACAUCUCUGAGGUCCUAUUCCAGCAGGAGCAGGCCGAGUGUCUGCAGGAAGGCAUCGCCAUGGAGACGUCCUGCUCCCCCAGCAACCAUCCGGCAGUUCUGGAUUUCUUCCUGCAGAAGCCUCAGGGACUUCUGUGUGUGUUGGACGAGGAGAGCCAGAGCCUGCGGCCGGUGGAGCAGACCCUGUACAAGAGGCUGUCUGCCCAGCUGGACUCAAACCCGACUCACGGGCUCUCCCUCACCACCAAGGACGGCAACGGCAACCCCCCGCCCAAAGACCAAGGCCCGGCCUUCACUGUCAGCCACUUCGCAGGACAGCUUUCAUAUGACCUCACAGGAUCACUCACAAAAAACAAGGACUGCCUUCCUCAGAAUCUCCUGCUCACGAUGAAGUCCAGUGAGAGUGUGUUAUUGCAGCAGCUCUUCCAGUCCAAGCUGACUCAGACUGGUUCUCUGGUGCCAGCCGCCCAGGGCCGCGUCGGGCUGAGGGGGCCGAAAGCCGCCCUGUUGCUCCACAGGAUGCCGCCGGCCUCGCUCCUCAGUAGCGGCUGUGUCCCCCAGCAACCCCGGCGGUACCGUGAUCUAACCAAGAUCUUGAAGAAAAAAGGCUCGAGCUCCUUCCUGCAGCGACUCGAGCGUUGUGGACCAAUCACAGUGGCCGUUCAGCUGCGGAACUCACUCUCAGAAAUGAUCAGUAAACUACAAGCGAGCACUCCGCACUUUGUCGAGUGUGUGCGCCCCAACUCCAGCGGUCAGCCCGACAGUUUCGACAGCCUCCAUGUGUCCACCCAGUUGCAGUACAUCGGCGUGCUGGAGAUGGUGCGAAUGAUCCGCUACGGAUACCCUGUGCGCCUGUCCUUUCCUGGCUUCCUCAGCAGGUAUAAAGACCUCGUCGUCCCGACUCUGGGAGACAAGAAAAAGCUGUCGCCGGAAGAGAGAUGUCGCUGUGUGCUGCAGCAGUCCAAGCUGCAGGGAUGGCAGAUGGGCAGCACUAAAGUGUUUCUGAGAUAUUGGCAAGCAGACCAGCUCAACGACCGCUGCUACCAGUUUCAUAAGAAGAUCAUCACCUGUCAGAAAGUGGUUCGAGGCUGGCUGGCCAGGCAGCGGGUCCAUCACAGGCUGUUGCUGCUACAGAAGGAGGAGGGCCGUGUGCAGCGUUUCCUGCAGGGAGCGGAAGACAUGGGACUGCGAACCUACGACCAGCUGGUCAUCCAAAAUGCAUCUGACAUUGCACGAGAGAGUGACCGUCUGCGCAGCCAUGGCAGUGGUCUGCUGAACACCCUCUGCAGCAGCCCGCCCCUCGGCGAAAGGCCUGAGCCAGUGGGCAAGGAGGAGGAUCAGCCUGUGAGGAGGGUGAUGGAGAAAAGUGGCAAGGCACACGAGGGCCCCGUCAACGGGGGGAGCCGAGUGAUUCGCCACUUUCGCUCCAGCUCGGUCCCCAUCCCCCUCGCCAUGGAGAGCAUGUCCCUGUCCUCUGCCAGUCCACCUAUCAAGUCAUCUUUGCAGCAGGUCGGCCACGCCAACGAGGACGUGGCAGGCGGGGGAGGUCUUUCCUCCCCUCGAAAGCAGCCCCCUCCCAAACCGAAAAGGGACCCCAACACCCGCUUGAGUGCAUCUUAUGAAGCGGUUAGUGCCGGGUUGACAAUGUCUGCCAAAGAGUGCUCCACUCCAGAGGGCUACGGUUCACCAGCUGGAAGCCCCCCUAAAUCCCAACUGUCCCCCACAGACCCUGCAGCUUCAUCCAAGCCACGUCCACAUAGCGACGACUACACAACGAUGAGGAAGGUGCCACCCCCCAAACCGAAACGCAGUCCCAACACGAAGCUGUCGGGCUCCUAUGAGGAGAUCAACGCCGUGGCGCCUCAUCUCCACCAGCUGCGCCCCGCUGAUGUAAAACUGGCCUUGCUUUCCCGCGGCGGCAGAUAUGGAGGAUUUGGAGGCACAAUGCAAAGAGCUGCCUCUUUAGAUGCUCCACAAGGGGUGGCGCUGUCUUUGUACAAAGGCCACGAUGAGGAGGACGUGUACAUAGAGAUGUUGGGGUCGCAGCCACGAGCCCGGAGCCUCCAGGAGCCGCCCAACAGCCCCGAGCUAGCGGAUUCAGAGGCGGUUUAUGAGGAAAUGAAGUAUUUCCCUCCGGAAGACGGCGGAACUCCUGCUGCUGUGGUCACGAAAGCAGCCAAACUGGAGGCAUUAGGCUUGGGACUGGUGGGCCUCGGGACGUCUCCUCCUCAGAGUCUGGAGGCGAAGCGGACAGCACUGGGAAUGACCGCCGCCAUGGAUGUGGCUCACUCCCAGAGCUCGUCCGGCAGCGCAGCUCCCAAAGCUCAGCACGGCAAAGAUGGCGGCUGCGACAUCCCUGCCCCCUUCCCCAACCUGCUCCCCCACCGCCCGCCUCUCUUGGUGUUUCCCCCCUCUCCGGUCACCUGUUCCCCCGCCUCGGAUGAGUCGCCCCUCACCCCGCUGGAGGUGAAGAAGCUGCCGGUGUUCGAGACGAACCUGAACUACGCCGCUGGGCCCGACAGCCCCCUGUCCCCACAGUACGCCCGCCAGAGAGCCGACUCGUCCCCCAGCCUCACCGUCCUCAUGCCCGAGAAAAAGUCGACACCGCCACUCACCCCUCCGCCGCCGCCUCCUCCCCCCAGCGCGCCGCCCCCUCCCUACAGGCCACCUUCACACUUUCCCUUCCCACCUGAGGCCAGCUUCCUGGCUCUCACCCGGGCAGCAUCUGUCACUGGCAGCUCAGAUUCCCCCAAAGCAGCCUCCCAGAGGGCCGGAGGGGAACCGCUGGGCAAGCCGCCUCCCUACUCUCCUGUCAAGAUGUCCCGUCCCGAGCCGCGGAGAGCCCACUCCUGCUCCUCCUCCCCCUUGCUCUUUAACCCGGCCAACGGCAGGCCGCUGACCAGUCCGCUGGACGAGCUCAACACCCUGUUCAGCUCCGGACGCAGCCUGCUGAGGAAGUCCGCAUCUGGACGCAAGACGAGAGACGGAGGAUUCAAUUCUAACAUCAAUCUCCCGGGGAGGGAAGACUGCGGCUCGGCCCCCACAUCACCGUCUCUGCAGCUUCAAGACAAGAACGCCAACAACCACUCUUCCCACUCCUCAAACCCCGCCCCUGUGGAGAAUGGAAACCAGAUUCCCAAUGGGUCGCUGGAGGAUGAGAGUCACAGCAAGUCAAACUCGUCCAGCACCGCCUCGCUGCACAGACACAUGGACAGCCACCAUACACAGGUGUUCCAGCGGCUGCGGCUGUCCAGCGGAGAUGAGCGCUCUGCUCUCGGCGAGCUCCUGCGAUGGCGGCGAGUGCAGUGUGAGGGGCAGAGCUACUGGAAGCAGCGCCCUCCUCAGUCCCCACCUCUGCCCCCCACGCUGCUCUGGACCAACAGGAAAGCCUCUCCGUGACGGAGAUUCUGCCUCGGUGGAAGACGUCCAAACCUUUAUGACAAACUAAAGUAAUCGACUUGAUUGAAACAAAUUGAAGAAAGAAUUUUCUUUUAAUUAACUUGUUGUUCAUCAAUGAGAAGCGUAGUCAAAGCAGUAAACUGCAUAUUUUCUGAACCAGUGUUGAAGUCCUGCUGCACACCACAGAGCUCCGCCUCCAGAACAAGGUGCUGGCUAUACUUGACGUGCUGUGAUGUCCCCCAGAGUCUCCUGAGUGUUCCGCACCGCCCCGAGUCUCAGAGCUCUGAAGUUUACAAGUCAACAAACGCCUAUAAUAACCUCUGGUUUCCAGCAUGAGCGUACUUGCUUGAGACCCUUUUCAGGUUCACGGCUCUCGCCGAGCUUCUCGUGUUCGGGCUCUGAGGCGCUGCUGCAGCCCUGGCAACCGGCGGCCAGGGGUCAGGGUAACCUCAGCGCGAUCCCAAGGUGCACUUCUCUUCUCUCUCGUUACCACCAGCCUUUGAGGAGCAAAAUCCUCUGGCCAAAAUUCCAAACGACUGCACUUACACCUUUACCAUGAGACGGGGAUCCGACAGAUGGGCCUGUUGUGGUUUAGAGCAGGGGUCUGCAACCUUCACGACCAAAAGAGCUAACUUCCUCCAUCGACCGCUCUCUGGCCACACGACACGUUUAACCUUCAGAACCAAGAUAACACAGAUAGAUAUGAUUUAAUGCAUAUUAUAGAAGUGGGGGUGGUGGUAAAGCACCUUGUCCUCACAGUGGGAAGAUCCACAGGUUGAGUCCCGACUUUGGACCUGUCAAAAGGACUGAACCAAUCCUGAAACACGUAUUUGAGGUUGACUCAAAGUCCCUGAUUCCACAAUGUUUUCGAGUGAAAACAGUCAACUUGUGAACGUUGCGUUCGUUUGUACCGGCGGCAUUCCGAGCGUCUGAGAGUGACACUUUUCCACUGUAGGACUUUCACAUGCGCGAGUGGACCGACCACAAUAGCAAUGUUGUCUCGCUCUUCAGAAUUUUACUGUUUCCUCAACAAGUGUACAUUCAGGACACCGUGACGCUCUGCAUGCACGGGCAUGUCGCUGCAUUACAGAAAACACAUCAACGAUUGCCUGGCCUGACAUGGAAACUUCAGCCUUUUUCUACAUCUCCUGCGGUUCUGUUUGUAUGCUGAUCAUUAUCAGUACAUUUCCGUUCGCAUGUGUCCAGCUACUCAGCGGCUCAGUUGCCCACAUAGGUGUGCAUGUGACUGCCUGUUGGUCCUGUGAUGGACUGGGAAAAAAAAUAUUAAUAUCUUAAUAUUUUGUGGUAUUUGUCAAAUGGAACUGCAGCAUAAGAGCCCCUUUGAAUGAUUAUCAGCUACGCCUCUAAAUUGUGAGAAACCGCCGCUUGGUGUUGCGUGGAAGCUGCAGGGAGGCGGCGGAGCCUCGGGUUGCAGACCCCUGAUUUAUGGUGUAAUGGUAAAAGCUGUAUUUACAAAGCUUUAGCUGACAGGUAUAUGGUUCAUGUUGUGAACAUGAAGCUCUGUGCCAAAGUGAAACAAUGUGUGAAAGAUGUGUCUAAACUAGCAAGUGUGGUUCUGAAUACCAAUGUCGUCUCCCGAUAGCGAUCCGUGUACAGACUGACUUUAAUGACCAAAUCAUAGUCGCUGCUGCAUUCAGUGUUCAGUAUGUCAACUGUUUCAGGAAGAGAUCUGAAGAAAAAAAAAAGGCGGGGGUGAAACAGUCUGCACUUAAUGUAUAAAGUAGCAACGUAACUCUAACUGUGUCUUUGGACGACACCUGAAUGGGUCCGUGUGUUGCGGGAGUGUUGUUCGGGAGGCUUUCCCCGCUGAGAGUCAUUGUACAGAUUCCAACACGGUGAGCGUGUCCUCGCGGCCGCGCUUCACCUUGUCUGUCCUCCCGCCAUCUUUUUACCUUUUCCCUCGUUUGACAGACCCCGGCCCCCCACGUGCCCCUCUU